AUUGUUGACAUUUCAACAAAAUUCAAAUUUGUUUUUGUUUGUUAAAAAAAAAUUAAAGCCAAAUAAUUUAUCAAUUUUCUACUUUUUUUUUGUUAAAUAUACUUAACAUUUUCAAAAUUUCAAGAUAAAAAACAUUAAAAUAACUUUAACGAUUAUCAUGGCUGAUUUAAAUAGCACACAAGGUCCAACCGAUCGAAAAAUUCGACUAAAAAACCUGUUGGACAAGGGAAGCGCAAUUGGUGGAAAUGUGGAAAGCGAAGGUACUGUCGAUACAAUAUCUGCGAUUAAAAAUAUCAUCGUUGAAUCCGAUGAAAUUAUUGAUGAGGGUAAUGUUGGCGAUCGAGCCGAACAUACUACUGAAGUGGUAAUGGAUGCACAGCUGCUCAAAAUAAGUCAUCAAACUGUUGACAAGGUCUUGGAGGCUAGCACUGAUUUUAAUGAUGGAAUAUAUCAAAACGCUAUUGCUAAUCUUGUCUUCAGAGAUGAUAAUGAUAAUUGGAAUGCUCUGGCUGAAAUAGCGAUUGGAAUUUGUCGAGCAUCAAAGUUUUCAACAUCUAUGUUAGGAUCGUUCGAUCUAACUGUGACUGCAACACAAAAACCAAACAAAGAAAAGCAACAGAAAAGAAGGACAAAAAAUAAUGCAGAAGAACUCGAACCAGAAGAAAUGGCUCAGUUGGAAAAACAAGAUAAAGGAGCUAAAAAGGUUAAAAUUAUAUUGAAACAAAUUGUUCGGGCAUUUGAAGAAAACAAUCGAUUUCCGCUUCCGUUCUAUCAACUUGUCAUAGAUCCAGAUAAUUUUAUGAAUACUGUGGAAAAUGUUUUUCAAGUUGCAUUUUUGGCAAGGGACGGUGCUGUCGCAAUCGAAACUGGUGAUGGUAAUAUGCCACAUGUCCGGGUAACAAAUCCAAAAGAAAAAGAUUUGGUAAAGCAUACGAAUCAAUCUGUUUGCAGUAUUAAUAUGGAUGUUUGCAAAGAAAUGAUAGCAUUUUAUGAUAUAAAAGAAGCUAUGCUUAAAAUUGAAAGAAGCACAUAAGGAGAUGAUGUUUGAGAUUCACAGUAUUUUUAGCAUUUAGUUUUUCCAAUGUUAAUAAGAAUUAAGUUAAUUUAAUAAGUUUUGUUGGUUUUAUGAAAUAUAUCUUAUUUUUCUGAGUAU